GGGUGUGGCGGUUGCUGCGGUUGCCGCGAGGGGUUCGGAGGAGGACGGAGCGCCCGGAGGGACAGCCCGGAGCAAGGCUCGCUGAUGGCUCAGCUGGGAGCGGUUAUGGCUGUGGUUUCCAGCUUCUUCUGUGCUUCUCUCUUCUCUGCCGUGCACAAGAUAGAAGAGGGUCAUAUUGGGGUGUACUACAGAGGCGGUGCCCUCCUGACCUCCACCAGCGGUCCUGGCUUCCAUCUCAUGCUGCCCUUCAUCACCUCCUAUAAGUCUGUGCAGACCACGCUGCAGACAGAUGAGGUGAAGAACGUGCCCUGUGGGACCAGUGGCGGUGUGAUGAUCUACUUUGACCGAAUUGAAGUGGUGAACUUUCUGAUCCCAAAUGCAGUGUAUGACAUCGUGAAGAACUACACGGCCGACUACGACAAAGCCCUCAUCUUCAACAAGAUCCACCACGAGCUCAACCAGUUCUGCAGCGUGCACACGCUGCAGGAGGUCUACAUUGAGCUGUUUGAUCAGAUCGAUGAAAAUCUCAAACUGGCCUUGCAACAAGACCUGACCUCCAUGGCACCCGGGCUGGUCAUCCAGGCUGUGCGAGUGACCAAGCCCAACAUCCCAGAGGCCAUCCGCAGAAACUACGAGCUCAUGGAAAGCGAGAAGACAAAGCUGCUCAUCGCCGCCCAGAAGCAGAAGGUGGUGGAGAAGGAAGCCGAGACGGAGCGCAAGAAGGCCCUCAUUGAGGCAGAAAAAGUGGCCCAGGUGGCAGAAAUCACGUAUGGACAGAAGGUGAUGGAGAAAGAGACAGAGAAGAGGAUCUCAGAAAUCGAAGAUGCUGCAUUCCUGGCCCGGGAGAAGGCAAAAGCCGACGCUGAGUGCUACACGGCUCUGAAAAUAGCCGAGGCCAACAAGCUGAAGCUGACCCCGGAGUACCUGCAGCUGAUGAAGUACAAGGCCAUCGCCUCCAACAGCAAGAUCUACUUCGGCAAAGACAUCCCCAACAUGUUUAUGGACUCGGCGGGCAGCCUGGGCAAGCAGUUUGAGGGGCUGGCCGACAAGCUGAGCCUUGACCUGGAGGACGAGCCGCUGGAGGCAGGCGUGAACGAGGACUGAAGGGAAAGCCUUGGUUGCUACAGCCUCAGAUGACACUUUACAGAAGAAAUCUAUUUUUUCAAGAUGAAACUGAAUGUUCCUGCCCUUGCACACUACCUUCUCUGACUCUCUUCAGGCGACUGUGGUGAAGGAGGAGGAAGGGAUUGAAACAACUCCCCGCUUCCUGGAGGGGAGGGGGCUGGGGGGUGAUGAUUGGGGGUUUUAUUCAGGUAAGUGGGUUAUAGGACUUCUGAUAAGGUUUGUACACCGCGCAUCCGGUCUCUGCCGGGCCCGGGCUCUGUCCCUUUGCAGAUGGCCGAGGUAGGAAGGAGCAGGCGAGGCUGAGGGGGGUCACUGCUGUGGGACUGCCUUUCCCUCCCGGCCCCCUUGUCCCUGCCUCUCCCCGGUGCCGGGGGUCUGUGGCCGAGGCUCCCACGGGACAGGUGUGCACCUGAUGCACUGGCUAGAGGAGCCGUAGAACCCCAGCUGCAGGGACACGAGGCAGCUG